UGUCAUGCCUGCUUCGUAGUUUGACUGAUUCAGACAGGUGUCACUCAGGUAGGAAGAGCCGGUCACUUAUCGUGUCUUAUCCUAUUGUGUGAGAAAGGUGGGACAGAAGAGGGACGAAGCGAGUAGAAUGAGUAAAGAUGAAAACAGGGCGAUCGACAUAUUAAUAGUGAGCACACUGUGAGCCGUUGCUAAUGCUAAUUAGCCGAAGCUACUGCUAGCAUAAGAAGAAGAGUGAGUGUGUUGGAGAAACCAUAUUUCUGCACCGGGUCACAGUGUGCCUCAGAUGCUGUGAAAUUACCGGAAGUGGUCUCUGCAGGGGAGAAGACAUCCGGCUUCCUGGGUGAGGUUAUCGUCACACAAUCGGAACAGAAAGGUUGUAAGCGCGCACGCGGUAUCCGUGGUGCGCGCCUGGCACGGCGCCGCGCACUCCAGCCCUGUGUAGUAAGCAGAGCAGAGGAGCUCUCAGCUAGACAUGGCGGCGGACCCGAAGCCGGACUGGCUCUCCUGCCUUCCCUCUUCUUGGAGUUAUGGGGUGACGCGGGAUGGACGCAUAUUCUUCAUCAACGAAGAAGCAAAGAGUACAACCUGGCUGCAUCCUGUUACUGGAGAGGCUGUGAUCACGGGCCACAGAAAAACUCCAGAUUUACCAACAGGAUGGGAGGAAGGAUACACAUUCGAGGGAGCUCGCUGCUUCAUCAACCACAAUGAACGGAAGGUGACCUGUAAGCACCCGGUGUCAGGCGUCCCCUCCCAAGACAACUGCAUCUUUGUCGUAAAUGAACACAUGAGUUGUGGAAAGCUUGUCCACCCUGACAGGCCUGCAGAGGCUCUCGACAGGACGGCUCCUAAGGCUUCCUCAGAGAAGGACGGCAGCAGUGACAAGAAGGAACGUCCCAUGAGCACUAUGAGUGAGGCGUCAAACUACACAGGGGGCUCGGACUACAGCACCUUCCCCGGCAGCCCGACCACCAACGUCACGACAGGAACCACCACCUCCACGUCAUCUACACGGCCCUCCAGGUCUUUCAAAAAAGUACAUAACUUCGGGAAGAGGUCGAACUCCAUCAAGAGGAACCCCAAUGCUCCAGUGGUGAAGAGCAACUGGCUUUACAAACAGGACAGCACAGGCAUGAAGCUGUGGAAGAAGAGGUGGUUCGUUCUGUCCGACAUGUGCCUCUUCUACUACAGAGACGAGAAGGAGGACAGCAUCUUGGGAAGCAUCCUGCUGCCCAGCUUCCACAUCUCCAUGCUGUCGGUGGACGACCACAUCAGCAGGAAGUAUGCCUUCAAGGCCACUCACCCCAACAUGCGGACGUACUACUUCUGCACUGACACAGCCAAAGAGAUGGAGUCGUGGAUGAAAGUCAUGACGGAUGCCGCUCUGGUGCACAUGGAGCCGGUCAGGAGGAUGGACAAGUUGAAAGUGGACCAGCGGGCUCCUCAGGAGUUGAACAACUUACUGAACCACAGAGUCCUGACCCGACCCGAGAUCCAGAACAACGAGCGCAACCGCGAGCCUCUACGACAACACUCCCUGUCUCGACUGGACGACAAACGGCAGAAGGACAUCGAGAAACACAACAGCCAGAGGGAGCGUGAGUACUACACCCUGCAGAGAGACGGAGAGAGGUACUCCCUGAAGAAAGAUGGCGUCAGCUACACACUUCAGAAGGAUGGAGAGAGGUAUCUCCUCCACAAGGACGGAGAGAAGUACCUGCUGCGGAAAGACGGGGAGAAAACGUACCUUCACAAAGACGGAGAGGUGUGUGCCAUUCACAGGGAGCUGGAAAAGUACGCCGUUCAGAAAGUGGACGAGAAGUACACGUUGACGCCGACAGAGGAGAGAUACGCUCCAUCAAAAGACGGAGAGAAGUACCUGCUCACGAAGGACGGAGAGAAAUAUGCACUGCAGAAAGUGGGGGACAGACACAUGCUCCAAAAAGACGCUCAGAAACCGGCUCCACAUAAAGAGGUGAAGAGAGCGCUGUCGCUAAAGGAGACGGAGAGAUACGGCACAAUGAAAGCUGACAGCAAAUACGGGACGAUACAAGUGGUGGAUAAAUACGGCACGGUGAGGGAGGUGAAGAAGUACGCCACGCUACGAGAAGGAGAUAAAUACUCCAUGUUUAGAGACGCAGAGAAGUACGCUACGAUCCGCGGGGGAGAAAAAUACGGCUUCCAGAGAGACCCGAGUGCAGAGCGGCCUCUGACCAAAAUCAGCAGCAUCAAGCUGCAGCCGGCUCAGGCCGCUGCCAUCGCCGCCGCCGUGUCUGCAUCCCGACAGGCCAACAUCAACGCCCAGAAACCUGCUCCGGUGAACGGCUCCGGGUCAACGCAGGGGGAGCUGGUUGUAGACUGCGGCCCAGCAGAAGGAGACUCCAGCCAAAUUGGGGGUCCAGUCAAGUCUCCUGUUCCAGUCCAGGAGCCAGAGAGGGGUCUCUCCAGGACCAACUCCAUGCAGCAGCUAGAGCACUGGGUCCGCACGCACAGGAGAGGAGUGGAUGACGACGCCCGGAGUGUGACUUCCUACCAGACCUUACCCCGGAACAUGCCCAGCCACCGGGCUCAGAUCGUGCCCCGCUACCCAGAAGGCUACCGAACGCUCCCUCGAAACAGCAUGAUGAGACCGGACAGCAUCUGCAGCGUGGCGGGCUCCGUGUACGACCGGGCCCUUCGUCCUGCCUCCACCAGCACCGUCAUCACCACGGCGGAGAAGAGGAGGUCAAUGAGGGACGACACCAUGUGGCAGCUGUACGAAUGGCAGCAGAGGCAGGCCUUCUCCAGGCACAGUCUGGCUCAGCCCACAGCUGUCAGUCACUAUGGCACCCUGCCCAGCACAAAGACCAUGGGCAACAUUUCUGAGCACGCCGUGGCACAUUCCAUCCCCACCUCGCCGUCUCAUGGCUCCCUGGCUCUCUACAGCACCUUCUCCCCUCCUCGCCAGCAGGCUCCUCACAACCCCGGCAGCUCGCUUCCAGAGGUGUCCUCGCCCGUCUUCAAGGGGGACAUGACGCUGGAGCCCAGGCACAGAGCACACCUUGUUAAGUACGGCUUCCAACCCGACCGACGAUCCAUCGCAGGCAGCGUCCCCCCUCAGAACAUCACUGCCCAGUCUCUGCAGGGCAAGACGCCGGAGGAGCUGACCCUGAUGCUGAUCAAGCUCCGCCGGCAGCAGGCGGAGCUCAACAGCCUGCGGGAACACACAGUAACUCAGCUGAUGGCCCUCGGUUUGGAGGGGCCCAACGCGAAGAUCGGCCCUGAAGACUUCAAGGAUGGCGCCUUCGUCCAGCGCACAGAGGAGGCCGACAUAGAUACCAAACUGAGCAGACUGUGUGAGCAGGACAAGGCUGUUAGGAUGCAGGAGGAGAAGCUGCAGCAGCUCCACAGAGAGAAGCACACUCUGGAGACGGCGCUGCUGUCUGCCAGUCAGGAGCUGAGUGAGCAGGGCGGCACAAGCGCUGCAGCCACGCAGAGUUUGGUCCAGCAGAGAGACGUCCUGCAGAACGGUCUGCUCAGCACCUGCAGGGAGCUCACCAGAGUCAGCACUGAGUUGGAGCGCUCCUGGAGAGAGUACGACCGGUUGAGUGCGGACGUCACGCUGGCAAAAACCAACCUGCUGGAGCAGCUGGAGGCCCUUGGCAGCCCACAGACAGAGCCUCCCAGCCAGCGGCACAUCCAAAUCCAGAAGGAGCUGUGGAGGAUCCAGGACGUGAUGGAGGCACUGGCCAAAAACAAACCCCAGCGCAGCAUGGACGGCGGGUUCCCCGGUUCCAAACCGCUCUCCAGUCAACAGAAGAACGAGCAAGCUCCAGACUACCGGCUGUACAAGAGCGAGCCUGAGCUGACCACGGUGAAAGAAGAGGUGGAUGAGGCCAACGGGGAGGACAAGGACAAGACAGAGACGUCCGCUGAGAGUAAAGACCCCACAGCCUCAAAAGCUCCCCUUCACCCUGUGGGCAUCGUGCCUCCCAGGACCAAAUCUCCCAUGAACCCUCCGGAGUCCUCCACCAUCGCCUCCUACGUCACCCUGAGGAAGACCAAGAAGCCUGAACCCAGAUCAGACCGUCCGAGGAGUGCUGUUGAUCAGAUGGGAUUUGGGGACCGAGAGAUUGGCAGGCCGAGGAUGAGCGUGGAGGAGCAGCUGGAGAGGAUGAGGAGGAAUCAGGAAGCUACGACGCUCCGAGAGAGGAGGAGAGAAACGCCGUCACGCUCACCCUCCUUCAGCAAAGACAACCCUUUUAUGACCCUGCAGAGUCGGGUGCAGGCGGAGGGGGCCUGUGCGGACCCCGUGGAGCUGGAGGCAGCUCUGCAGCAGCUGAAGGUGUCUCACAUGGAGCAGAGCAGAGAGGCUGCAGAGCCUGAAGAGGCCAGCACAGAACAAACAGCACAGGAGGUGCAGAGAGCAGAGGGCGUGACCCUGCAGAGCGUGAAGGAGCCGCAGGCGGAGACCAACAGCAUCGACAGCGAGCUGUGCGAGAGUCAGAGGGUGGUGAUCCUCGACCUGCACACAGAGCCUCAGCGUGUGGAGAUUGUAAACUUUCAGCCUUUUGAGGACGAUGAGAGCAGAGACCAAGACCUGACCAGCUCGCCGACCAACACGACCACUGAGAACAGCAGCUUCCAGACUCCCGAACCCGAGACGCCGAGCCCAGAGCCUCACGAGGACGAACCGGAUGUGACGCAGCAGAACAUGAAAGCGGAAAAGCUGGAGAAGAGCCUGGACUCCAACAAGCAGCUGACAGCAGACGACAAGAAGCUCAACAACAACAAUAACAACAUGUUGGCUGCGCAGACUUUCACCUUGGUGACCAGCGACACGUGAGCGACGCCGGCCUCGACGUCCACACCGGCGCCCCGUAAAGCCCAAAUGUAGCCAGCCUGCACCGAGCAUGCUCCAUGGCUUCCUGCGUUUACAACAGAACUCCUUUGAUACUACUGUUACCAUGCCCACGAGGAGACUGAGACUGAGAGGGUGACGGCCUCCAAACGGACUGAUCACUGAGACGGGCCGCCAUCACAUCCUGACACAGAGAGAGGCUGACGUACUGCACCUUUAGCUCCUGUUAGAUCUGUCCAUUCUGUAUGUCCCUGAGCUAACAAACAAACCUAUGGAGUCCUAUCGCCCCACAACAUUCCUGCUCAGAUUGUGAAAUGGUUUAGUCGUACAAUUAAUCACUUUGAGAUAAAACACACCUGCACAACGACCUUCAUAUGACACACACCGCUGAAUUCAGAAAUAUGGUUGCAUAAGAAAGGUGUGUUAGUCAGGACGAGUGUUGAUCCUUUUGUCAUCCUCCUUUGAGUCUUCUUAGAAAAUCUAUUUAGAGCAACGAUUGUUUUAGAGUUUUAUUGUGCGUCAAUCAAGCAGAGUUUUUAAUGUUUAAAGACAAAAGGUUGGAGCAGGAGGAGAGCAAACGCUGAGUCAUCAGCUAACGCUAUCGGGGGUUUGGAUAGCUAGGUGCAUCUGACAUUUUAAAACAGCGAUGUUAGAUGGUGUGCUAAAUCUGACAAGGCUGGAAACUAAAUGUUCUUACAGGAGUAAACAAACAGCUCACACUGAACGAGACAUCUUCAUGCAAUGAUAAAUAAUGGACGAAGACUCGGUGAUGUCAAGCUUUGGUUUCAGAAGAGGCCAUUGUCAUAUCAGGAAAGCUGACCCCAACUAACUCUCAGUCUAUAUAUGGGCAAAGAGGAAGAGCAGGCCACGCCCCUCACUCUGCUUUAUUCAGUGUUGCCAACUCCUCAGUAAGGAAAGUAGCUAUUGGCUGUCCUAAAAGUUGCUAAAUUAUGUCAUUAGUUAAUUUGCAUAAUGGAAAUUGUAAAGGACGCUGAAGGAGAGACAAAAAGAGAGUAAAGAACACUCUAAAUAUGUUCACUUAGGAGCAUACAACAAUUCAAAACAGUAAAACAUGAACAUUUUCAACAUUUAUAUUGUAUAAAAUCUAAAUGGACCAAAAGAGACAGUAGACCAGAUCAGCCAGCGGCGUCUUUGUACAAGCGCAAUACAUUUGCAGUCUGGACUCUGAGGGUGAACGCCUCCUGCUCUUACUGCAGCUAGGUCCCCAAAAGUCUCCAAUUACAUCAUAACAAGUUUCUAGAUUUGUUGCUUUUUUUAAAAAGAGUCAAUGAAUUAGUCUGAAAACUCGCUAAAUGUAGCGACAAAUCAUCUAAGUUGGCAACACUGGCCUCAUUGUGCAAACUUAAAAAAAGAUGAGUCAUAAAAACUUCACCCAAAAAGUCGGUACGAAUAAAGAAAUGAGCUACAGAGACAAAAACUGUUUUUAUACCAGGCUGUAAACAUGUUUACCUGUGCUCUUAAUAAGACGUUUUAAUAUGAGGCUCUAUAGAGAUGGCUCACUUUUGGAACCAGCCUCUAGUGGACACUAGAGGAACUGCAGUUUAUUUUUUUUUAAGUUAGAUUUUUGGGCACUUUUGCCAUUAUUUGUUAUGACAGCUGAAGAGAGACAGGAAACGUGCAGUGUUUGGUGCUUCUGAACUGGAUUUAUUUUACAACAUCAGAAGUUGCCGUCUGAUUUUACUCUCAAUGGGACCAUAUGUUAAAAAAACGAACGUCAUGCUGUAUUAAAUAAAGAUUGAGAGUGAAAGUCAUGAAGAAAAUGUUUACCGAGAAGUAGGACCACUAACUCUAAAACUUCUACACUUCUUUCAUAUUUAUUUUUGCAUCCAGCACAGUCGCCCCCUGCCGGACAUUAGAGAGAAUGCAGGAUUACGGCAUUUCUGAAUUUGCACAUUUUUCAGAUGUGAUCCCAAAUCCACUUUUAAUACACCCUUCUGAUUUCUAAGUGAUUUUUUUGUAGUCUCAACAAAUUCAGUUCCCAUUAUCUUGGGAAACACUUUCUACAAUGUCCUCUGAAGUUUACGCCAACAAAACCAUCGUGUGAAGAUUGAAAAAACAUCUGCUCUCCCUGAGUCCAGUAAUCUAGCAGACUGCCUGAUGCUGCAAUAUGUAGAUAGAUUACCAUGAUGUUGUAAAACAAUUGUUUUAUAGUUUAUCCGAUCAGCUAGCUAAACACAGCAAUCAACAGUCAUGCGUUUCGAGCUAUAGAUAUAUCGUAAUCACACCAUUUCACAGUCUGACUUUGUGACGUGUCCUGGCGGUGAUAGAGCUCCAUAGAAACCUACUGCUGAAAACAUACACACAUCGAUAUACAGAACUUUUGAUAAGUAUUAAAGUCAUUUUAACGUUAUAAUUAUUAAAGUAUUCUACUGAUCUGGAGGAGGGAUAUUAGCUGUGACCUGGUGGCUGGAGGUGAGUGUACAGCUGUAUAUAGGAGCUGAUGGGCUAAGCACCAAAUCUCAACACACAUGCAGUGCUUUACUUUAACCCCGAAGUGACCGCCGACGCUCUUGAGUUUGAUUCUGCUUGUUGGUUUGAGAGCGGAGGCUCCCUUAUCGCUCUGUUUCCACAUCUUUUGCACCUGCAACAUUACAGAUGGUCCUUCAUUGGAUAUACAUAUAUAAAUAUAUAAAAAGUAUAUAUAUGAACAUAAAGCUUAUUUUUACUUCAACAAGGUGCCACUUCAUGCUGCUGUUUUCCCUUUUUUUUUUGGACAGACAGAACUCAGUAUUUUGCAGAGGUUGUGAGUAUUUAUGUUGAGCAGACACACACAGUAUGUGAAUGUUUUGUGUCCUUUCUUCGUUUCUCUCUCUCUUUGGUUUACACGACGUAGGAGAUCUACAGUAAAGAAGCCGAGGACGUGACACAGAUUAGACAUUUUUGCGUUUGACUCUGUCCUAUGUGGUGACGAAUCAGAGAAUAGCACACGUACGAAGCAAUAAGUAGGACUUUGGAGCUCCAGGACGUAAAAGAAAUUUAAAAGAGAUGUAUAAACUGUAAAAAAAAACAAAAGAAGAGUUAAAACCAGAUAACGUAAUUUAUGUACACACUGAAAAGAAGAGCGAAUAUUAUAACUAUCAGAGGUUAUUAUUAAUAUUAUUAGGGUCAAUAUGCAAAAAGUUCAUACCCCAUCUGUUUUAUAUCAUGUGAAAUAAAUGUUGAUGUUCUUAAACA